GCAGGAAGUGAAUUGCGGGAGCUGCAGCGACUCUUUGUUUUGGUGCAACCCACGUUCCUCGCCAGCCCGGACCGGCCGCUGCCGCGGGGGAGGGACAUUCCCGCGCCCCCCCCCGAGAGACUCUCCCCGGGCAGAGACCCCGGCCCGGCCCCCCUGACUGGGACCCCGAGCCCCCCCGGCAGUGCCCCGCGUGGGGAGAAGGCUGCAGAAUAACAACCCCGUUUUGCUCCAGAUCGUCCCAUCUUCCUAGGGGCCGGGGCAGGGAAAUGGCUGCGGUGGAUCCAGCUCAGAUGCUGGUGACCUUCGAGGAGGUGGCUGUGUAUUUCACCAGGGCAGAGUGGGCUCUGCUGGACCCCGCUCAGAGAGCCCUCUACAGAGACGUCAUUCAGGAGAACUAUGAGACCGUGACCUCGCUGGGACUCCCCAUUCCCAAACCUGCCCUGAUCGCCCGGCUGGAAGCAGGAGAAGAGCCAUGGGUCCCGGAUCUCCAGGACUCCAAGGAAAGCAACAUCCCAAGAGGCCCCUGCACAGCAGGUGAUGAGACAAUGAGUGAGAACGAGGAAGGGAAUCCACAGCAGGAAGGUCCUGAGCAAGUGGAACUGCAGGAAGACUUUCUGAGAAGAGCAGAUGGGAAUUUUUCCCCGUUCUUGGAACAGAGAAAAGCCUGGAGUAAUCGGGACAGGUCAGAGAGGAAGUUGGGAAACCACCCAAGAAAGCAAGUGCACGAAUCCUUUGAAUGUGGGGGAGGAGGCAAGGAUCCCAAAAAAACCACAACCCCACAGACAAAUCCCAAGGAAAAGAAACCUUAUAAAUGCUUGGACUGUGGAAAAAUCUUCAACUGGAUCUCAAAUCUUACUACCCAUCGGAGACUGCACACGGGAGAGAAACCAUAUAAAUGCCUUGAGUGUGGGAAAAGCUUCAGUCAGUGCUCAGGCCUUAUUAGCCACGGGAGAACCCACACAGGAGAGGGACCAUAUAAAUGCCUUGAAUGUGGGAAAAGUUUCAGUACAUCAUCAGUCCUUAUUAUACACCAGAGAACCCACACAGGAGAGAAACCAUUUAAAUGCCUGCACUGUGGGAAAAGUUUCAGUCAGCGCUCACAUCUUACUAGCCAUGGGAGAAUCCACACAGGAGAGGGCCCACAUAAAUGCUUGUACUGUGGGAAAAGUUUCAGUGGACCAUCAGCCCUUACUGCACAUCAGAGGAUCCACACAGGAGAGAAACCCUAUAAGUGCUUGGACUGUGGGAAAAGCUUCAGUCAGAGCUCAAGCCUUAUUAGCCAUAGGAGAAUCCAUACGGGAGAGAAACCCUAUAAAUGCCUUGUGUGUGGGAAAAGUUUCAGUGUAUCAUCAGCCCUUAUUGUACACCAGAGAACCCACACGGGAGAGAAACCCUAUAAAUGUUUGGACUGUGGAAAAAGCUUCAGUCUGCACUCAAGACUUAUAAACCAUAGGAGAAUCCACACAGGAGAGAGACCAUAUACGUGCCUGGAUUGUGGGAAAAGCUUCAGUCAGCGCUCACAUCUUAAUAGCCAUGGGAGAAUCCACACAGGAGAGGGCCCACAUAAAUGCUUGUACUGUGGGAAAAGUUUCAGUGGCCCAUCAGCGCUUACUGCACAUCAGAGAACCCACACCGGGGAGAAACCUUAUAAAUGCUUGUACUGUGGGAAAAGUUUCAGUCAACACUCAAGCCUUAUUAGCCAUGGCAAAAUCCACACGGGAGAGGGACCAUAUAAAUGCCUUGAGUGUGGGAAAAGUUGCAAUGCACCAUCAGCCCUUAUUGUACACCAGAGAACUCACACGGGAGAGAAACCCUAUAAAUGCUUGGACUGUGGGAAAAGCUUCAAUCAGCGCUCACAUCUUACUAGCCAUGGGAGGAUCCACACCGGAGAGGGACCACAUAAAUGCCUUGAGUGUGGGAAAAGUUGCAAUGCCCCAUCAGCACUUAUUGUACAUCAGAGAACCCACACAGGAGAGAAACCCUAUAAAUGCCUUGAGUGUGGGACAAGUUUCAGUGUACCAUCAGCCCUUAUUACACAUCAGAGGACCCACACAGGAGAAAAACCCUAUAAAUGUUUGGACUGUGAUAAAAGCUUCAGUCAGAGCUCAAAUCUUACUGCCCAUCGGAGGCUGCACAUGGGAGAGAAACCCUGUAAAUGCUUGGACUGUGGGAAAAGUUUCAGAGAACCAUCAGCCCUUAUUGUACAUCAGAGAACCCACAUAGGAGAGAAACCUUAUAAAUGCCUCCACUGUGAGGAAGGUUUCAGUCAGCGCUCAAACCUUAUUAGACAUCAGACAAGCCACACAAGAGAAAAACCCUAUAAAUGCUUAGAUGAUUGGGAAAGUUUCAGUCCCUGCUCAUAACUUCAUAAAAAUUGAAGAAUUCACACGGGACAGAAUCUAUAAAUGCCUCAACUGUGAAAAAAGUUUCAUUUGAAGAUCAAACCUUGCGUCACAUCAGACGAUCCGCACGAGAGAGAACCCUUGGAUGCUUGGAUUGUGGGAAAAGGUUCAAUAACUGCAAGAAGAGAUUCAGUCUGAGCUCACACAUUGUUCCUCAUCGCGUAAUUCACAGAAGAAAGAGCUUGAGUGUGGGGGAAGCUUUAUCUGCUGCUCACACGGUAUCAAACCUCAGUAAAUCCACACAGAGAAGAGCCCUUUUAUGGGUCCUUAGCAUGGAAAACGCUUCUGUUGGAGGUAACACCACACUGGACAUCAGAGCGUCCUCCACACUGGAGGGAAAUUCCCUCAGUGCCCUGACUAGAGCUGGCCAUAGCAAAACCUCCAUUUCCUAGUUCCCACCCGCAUCGGUGGCAUUUGGCUUCCAGGUAUCUGUUAGGGCUUUUCCCGUCACCCUCUCCCCUGGUUCUUGUCUCACAGACAGAGAACAGACCAGAAGUCUGGAGUGCUGACAAGUCAAUGUUUAUUGGGAUUAGUUUCCAAGCAAGCAUAUUUCGCACCCUUCACACCAGUCAGGCUUCUCUCUACGCGCCGAUAGAGUCUGCUCCCCGGUGUUUUGUUCCUGGCUCUGACGCCGCUGUGUCCCAAUUCCCCAGUCCCCCAGACCCCUUCCCCCUCCUCCUUCUCAGCAGGCCCAGAUAGACCUGCGGUGCACGUCCUAGUCACACCCCUCACAACUUAUGGUCAUGUUCUGUUCUGGAGGGUCGUGAGUUGGGGUCUUCGUGCCACCUCUUUUGUACCCAAGGGAGGGGUGAGGAGUGAGGUUGUGCUCCGGCAGGGGCAGGCAUUUCUUUGGUCUUUUAGUGUUUUACCUCCCCACAUCCUGACUAGUUUUACCGCCUUCCCCUCCUGACUAGUUGCUUGACCUUGCUUUGAGAGAAAGAGUUGAGGCGGUUGUCAAGUGGGCGCUCACAUAUUACACUCCAGCUAUGCCCAGGAACACUAGUUCCAGCUCUUAGCUCUUUUCAGCCCAUCUGCUUGUGGGCAGAUGUAGCACACGGGGUCAUUGUCCUUUGUUCACCCAUAUUAGUAUAAGAUGCAAGAGUAUCAAAAGUCAAACCCCAAAUUCUGUCUCAGGCUGACAACCAGGCUUCUGUGCUAACAGUGUCCAGCUGUCUGUCUCUGGGGGCAGGUUCCCGCAGCCGCUGACCCGGAGCUGAUCAAGGACCCUCUGGCUUUGCCUGAUCUUAGCUAACCCCAGCAGAGGAGGAGAAGCCCCGAUCAGCCCUCUGACGGGUUACCCUGGCGAUCUGGGUAUGCCUCCUGAUGUACUGGGGUUCCACUGAGCCUGCCCGUUCCACCAGCCAGGGCCCCCCAACCCCGGCCUGCCAAGCCAGGCUCUCCAGCCUGCUCUGUCACACCCACAGGAAGGGCCACGUCCUGCUGCAGAAAGACACGGACGCGGAGAUUAGGUCUGCACGAUGAGACCCAGCUCAGGAAGUGCCCUGCACUCGUGUGCACACCACUGUAGGAGUGCAAACCCCAGGAGUGCACUGUCCUCCCAGCACGGCACUCACCACAGUGUUCUGUGCUCUCCACGCGUAGGAAUCACACUCGGAUUUCUUUGAUCCUGACUCAGACGCCUGAGAGCUACAGAUGAGUGUCCCCGACCUGGAGGGGGAAUUCAAAUGACCCCCAAAGCUCUGGCUCAUCCUUCAGAGCUAAAAUCCCUGCUUUCGUCUAUUGCAGGGGCCGGCAUCCUUUGGCUCCCGGUCCGUCAGGGUAAGAGCGGCCAAGGGACAUGCUGGCCGUGCUUCCUGCAGCCCCCAUUGGCCGGGAACGGCGAACCACGGCCACUGGGCGCUGCGAGCAGCUGUGCCUCUGGGCGCUCAGGUAAACCAACCGUCUCGCGGCCCACCAGCGGCUUACCCUGGCAGGCUGGGAGCCAAAGGUUGCCAAUCGCUGAUCUAUUGUUAAAGUGGUUUCUGGGCUUUGUAGAUGUUCAGGUUUGGGCUUUGGAUUUUUUUAUUAUUAUUUUUGCAUUAGGACGAUGUUAAAACUUUUGUAAAUGACACAACCAGAUGAUGAGGAGGUGCUGAGUAUAGCAGGUUUAGCCAGGUCAGAAGAAAAUGAAUACAUUGGUUUUCCUUCUUUGGGGAGUUCUGUGGGAUUUCACUUUAUGAACCUGAAAGUAUUUUGUAGUGCACCUUGUAGUGUUGGUUUCUGUCCCUUCCUGCAGGCCGUUUGGUCAUCUAUUUUGAUAUUAGUUUACUUUGACAGGAUGUAGCAGUUUUAUUAAGGACUUUAUGAGACAAAUGAUCAUUUGCCAGAAGAGUCCUUUUUUGUUUUAUUUUAACUGUUCUUUCCCAUUGUCAUGAGAUUUUCAUGUUUGAACAAUGACAAUUAUCAAUAUCUCUCAGCACGAACACCGAGGGGGCGCGCUAGAUUCACACUCUGAGAGGCCGAGACAGGACGGGGUGUGGAGUUACUGCCAGAUCCCUGCAGAGAAGUGAGAUGCAGACAGGACGGGGUGUGGAGUUACUGCCUGACCCCUGCAGAGAUGUGAGAUGCAGACAGGACGGGGUGUGGAGUUACUGCCUGACCCCUGCAGAGAUGUGAGAUGCAGACAGGACGGGGUAUGGAGUUACUGCCUGACCCCUGCAGAGAUGUGAGAUGCAGACAGGACAGGGUAUGGAGUUACUGCCUGACCCCUGCAGAGAUGUGAGAUGCAGACAGGACGGGGUAUGGAGUUACUGCCAGAUCCCUGCAGAGAAGUGAGAUGCAGACAGGACGGGGUGUGGAGUUACUGCCUGACCCCUGCAGAGAUGUGAGAUGCAGACAGGACGGGGUGUGGAGUUACUGCCUGACCCCUGCAGAGAAGUGAGAUGCAGACAGGACGGGGUGUGGAGUUACUGCCUGACCCCUGCAGAGAAGUGAGAUGCAGACAGGACGGGGUGUGGAGUUACUGCCUGACCCCUGCAGAGAUGUGAGAUGCAGACAGGACGGGGUGUGGAGUUACUGCCUGACCCCUGCAGAGAUGUGAGAUGCAGACAGGACGGGGUGUGGAGUUACUGCCUGACCCCUGCAGAGAUGUGAGAUGCAGACAGGACGGGGUGUGGAGUUACUGCCUGACCCCUGCAGAGAAGUGAGAUGCAGACAGGACGGGGUGUGGAGUUACUGCCUGACCCCUGCAGAGAAGUGAGAUGCAGACAGGACGGGGUGUGGAGUUACUGCCUGACCCCUGCAGAGAUGUGAGAUGCAGACAGGACGGGGUGUGGAGUUACUGCCUGACCCCUGCAGAGAAGUGAGAUGCAGACAGGACGGGGUGUGGAGUUACUGCCUGACCCCUGCAGAGAAGUGAGAUGCAGACAGGACGGGGUGUGGAGUUACUGCCUGACCCCUGCAGAGAUGUGAGAUGCAGACAGGAGGGAGGGAGAGUGUGGAACCAGAGCUGGGAACCUGCAGGCUCGUCUCUUGGGUGCCAGACAGCUGACGCUGAGAACGGUGAACUUGCUGCACCAGUGCCAGAGAGAGGCAGGAAUUGCCCUGUGAGUGCUGGGUGAAGCCAUCCCUGAAGUCGGAAGGGCUACAAACGAUGCCCCAAGAGGAAUGAGGAGGGGAGGGGGCAGCGUCUCCCCAUUGCUCAGAGGAUGAGCCUGGGCAGAGACGAGAAGGAAGCUGGGGAAGCCAACAGGCCUGGGCCAGCCUUGAAGCCAGGCUGACCCCACCAUAGAGGCCAGAGGGAGAUGAGGAGCCUGAGAGCCCAGCUGGUCACCCGUCCCCCUCUAACCCCGUGUCCUGCCUGGGGACGACAGAGACUCUCUGCCCCACUCCCCCCACACUGCGUCCCUGUAAUCUCCGCUCCUUGGAUUCCUGCCCUCGGCCCCAGCAUCUCUCCUGGGUGCUCUGCACUUUUCUACCAGUUUGUACAUGUUGCUGGUGCACGGGGGCUUUGGGGGCAGCAGUGUGCUGGGCUGGGGAUGGAAAGGCCCAUGCUGAGCUGGGCUGGGGGUGGGGACAGGAGUCUGGCUUUCUCCUUUGGAAUAAUAAAGUAGAAUUGAGUUUCUCGCACUGUGUCCUUGUUUUCCAUUAAAUACCCCCCGGCUUCAGAGUGGAGGUGAAGCAGCGCUCACAUGGUUCGGAAAUGCAGUGAGGUUAAUAGUCGGCCUGUUCCUCACACCACAACUUUCCCCUAAUUCAUUCUUGUCUGGCUACAAAAUAAUUGUGUCUCAGUUGGUACCAUGAUUAUUGUUAUACAGCAGCAGCCAGAGGCUCCCCAGAAGCCCAAGGCCGUACUGUGCUAGGUGCUGUACAUACACCUCAUGAGAGACAGCCCCUAAGGGAAAGAGUGUCCAGCCUAAAUAUGCAGAACAGCCAGUGUAAUGAUUUUGCAAGUGUCAGUAGCGACCCUGAAAUCUAACCGGCUACGAGUGACGCCCCAAGGGGAAUGAUGAGGGGAGGGGGCAGCAUCUCCCGAUGGCUGAGAGAACAAGGCUCUGCCGUUGAAGCAGCUGUUCAACUUCUGUUCCGUGUGACAAACUCAGAUUGUUCUUCCCCAGAAUUACAGCCCUUACCCCAGAGCGCAGACACAUUAUCUGAGAACAGUCAAUCUCUUACUGGCUUUAGCAAUAAUCACUGCCAAUGGGGCUGUUCAGACCCUGCCCCGGCUGUCAGCCCCUGCCAUGGAGUGAUACCAUUCAAAGCCCCGUGCUGUUCUGAUGAAGGUAUUUUAGGGCUUGUGGGCCCAGAUUAUAUUAAUCUGAAUUUUAAAUCCCAUUAGAUUUUCUGUAAGUUUUUCAAAAGUAUCAUUUAAAAAAUGCCUUGGGGUUGGGUUUUUGAUGGUAUCAGGCACCUGAGGAUGCAGAGAGGGGCCUCGUGCAGUUGUCAAAGCAGGUUAGGCACCAGGGGCUCGAUGCACAAAAAGAUUUAGAUGCCCAGCUGCUACUUUCAUUCAAAGUACCUGAAUCCGACUCUUAGACGCCAACUAUCCUAACACACACACACACACACACUCAACUGUUGCUGAACUCUG